AUGUUGGCUGGACGGGCCUUUUCCUCAUUAAUGCGUUCCAUUAAACCAAAAUCCGUUCCAAUGCCGCUAAGGUCAGCAUAUACGUCCUCUUCUGCAUCAUCGCAGGAAACUCCCACCAAGCAAAUAAUGUUCAUAUGUGGAAAUGAGACUUUUAUUGGGACGGGAAAGGUAGGCGAGCAUCUUCUAGAUGUUGUCCUAAAUAAUGAUUUACCCCUGGAAGGAUUCGGUGAAUGCGUGCGUGUAGUACAUGUCAUAUUAUCCUUGAAAAGAAACAUUUCGAUCGAGUUCGAUCGAAUCAAUCCAGCGAGUCAAGAAGAAUUGGACCUUCUCGAUAAUGCACCUGAGUUGUCAGAGUUCUCCCGACUCGGAUGUCAGGCUAGUAUUUUUGCUAUGUUAAGUAGUCGAAUCCUGUCGUCGUUACUUCGUAGUUACAAAUUUUCACCAUAUUUGAAAUCUGUAUCAUUUCUGAAUACUGCCUCUAGCCCUUCCUCCGUGCGGUCUGCUUCUACUAAACAAGUUGAGUUUGUCUGUGGAGACGAGAAGUUUGUUGGAACAGCGAAGCUUGGAGAUACGAUACUGGAUGUUGUUGUAAAUAACGAUCUGCCUUUGGAUGGUUUUGGUGCUUGUGAAGGCACAUUAGCAUGUUGCACUUGUCAUGUAGUGCUUUCGCCAGAACAUUUCGAACGUGUGGAUAGGAUCAACCCAGCUGGUGAAGAAGAACUGGAUCUCCUUGAUCUCGCCCCCGAACUGUCAGACCAUUCUCGAUUGGGUUGCCAGGUGCAGGUGGAAGCAGAUGAUCCUGAUACGAUAGUGGUCAAAGUACCGGUACAGAAGAGAGACGCUCGGACGCUAGAGUAG